AGUCUUCCGCAGGAGGCGUCUCCGGCCGGUGUCUGCUUGCGCUCUCCCAGGGGUCAGCCCCGGGUGAGACGGUGCAGUCGAGGCUGGGGACGCUGGCGCUCAGGCCAUGGCCUCUCCCGGGCUGCCGCAGCCCCCGGCCGAGGUCUCGCCCUGGCCUCUGCGUCUGCUGCACGCGCCUUCCGGGCUGCUGCGGCUGGACUCCACCGGCGGAGCGCUGCUGCUGCUCGGCCUCGCGGCGCUCCUCGGCUGGAGCUGGCUGUGGCGGCACCGGGCGCGGGGCAUCCCCCCCGGACCCACGCCCUGGCCCGUGUUGGGCAAUUUCGGCUUCGUGCUGCUGCCACCGUUCCUCCGACGGAAGAGCUGGCUGCAGCGUCGGGCGAGGGCCGCAGGAGUGGAGCCCUCGGCCCUGGGCCCGCAGUUGUACCUGGCCGACCUGGCCCGCGUAUACGGCAACGUCUUCAGCUUUUUCAUCGGCCACUACCUGGUGGUGGUCCUCAGCGACUUCCAAAGCGUGCGCGAGGCGCUGGUGCAACAGGCCGAGAUCUUCAGCGACCGCCCGCGGGUGCCGCUCGUCUCCCUCGUAACCAAGGAGAAGGGGAUUGUAUUUGCACAUUAUGGUCCAGUCUGGAGACAACAGAGGAAGUUCUCUCAUUCAACUCUUCGUCAUUUUGGCUUGGGAAAACUUAGCUUGGAACCCAAGAUUAUUGAGGAGUUUAAAUAUAUAAAAGAGGAAAUGCAGAAGCAUGGAGAAGUCCCCUUCAACCCUUUCCCCAUUCUCAACAAUGCUGUCUCUAACAUCAUUUGCUCCCUGUGCUUUGGCCAGCGUUUUGAUUAUACCAAUAGUGAGUUUAAGAAAAUGCUCAAUCUUAUGUCACGAGCGUUAGAAAUCUGUCUCAACACCCAGCUCCUCCUGGUCAACAUAUGCUCCUGGCUUUAUUAUCUUCCCUUUGGACCAUUUAAAGAAUUAAGACAGAUUGAAAAGGAUAUUACCACUUUCCUUAAAAAAAUCAUCAAAGACCAUCGAGAGUCUCUGGAUGUGGAGAAUCCUCAGGAUUUCAUAGACAUGUACCUUCUCCACGUGGACGAGGAGAGAAAAAAUAAUAGCAAUAGUAGCUUUAAUGAAGAUUAUUUAUUUUAUAUCAUUGGGGAUCUCUUCAUUGCUGGAACUGAUACCACAACUAACUCCUUGCUUUGGUGCCUUCUUUAUAUGUCACUGAACCCCGACAUACAAGAAAAGGUUCAGGAAGAAAUUGAAAGGGUCAUUGGUGCUGACAGAGUCCCUUCCCUCACUGACAAGGCCCAGAUGCCCUACACAGAAGCCACCAUCAUGGAGGUGCAGAGGCUGACUGUGGUGGUGCCACUUGCCAUUCCUCAUAUGACCUCAGAGAAAACAGUGCUCCAAGGAUAUACCAUUCCUAAAGGCACAAUGAUAUUACCCAACUUGUGGUCAGUACACAGAGACCCAGCCAUUUGGGAGAAACCGGAUGAUUUCUACCCUAAUCGAUUUCUGGAUGAUCAGGGACAACUUAUUAAAAAAGAAACAUUUAUUCCUUUUGGGAUAGGGAAGCGCGUGUGUAUGGGAGAACAGCUGGCAAAGAUGGAAUUAUUUCUGAUGUUUGUGAGCCUAAUGCAGAGUUUCACAUUUGCUUUACCGAAGGAUUCUAAGAAGCCCAUCCUGACUGGAAGAUAUGGUCUAACUUUAGCCCCACAUCCAUUUAAUAUAAUCAUUUCAAAGAGAUAAAGAACGUGCCCAAGAAGAGAGUGUAAAUACAUCUCCUUCUGACCAGAUUCUUCCUCUGCAGUUGACAGCAGACCCAGCAACGCAGUGGGUCCGGGUCAGGCUCAGAUGAGAGGGAGACCGGAAAGAGGGUGGAGUUUGAUUCUUCAACAGGAUGUGUCUGUCAUUUUAGUAAUGUGCAUCUGUGACUUACGGAGUGGGGACCAAAGUGCUGGAUCAGGAAGAAGAGAUCUGGAGUUUAUGGAGUUUAUUGGAGCUCCCACCAAUGAACAUUCCUUCUCAUCUUUCAGUGCCUCAGUCAUUCUGUGUGUAAAAUGAGGUUAAGAAAAUUCUCCUUCUCUAUGUUUCAGCACUAAAGAAGGGCAAAUACCCCGUAUCUUUUCUUUUCUGACCUCACCAAAACACUGUUAGUUUCUGGAGAACAAAUUCAGAAGUAGAAGGAAGUUCUGCCAGUUUAAGACCUGUGACAACACGAAAGUAGUGUUCAGACUUGAAUACUUUGUCAGAGAAGGAUGUGGGUUUAGGCAAUGAUGAGUUAGAGCUUUUCUCUGAACAGAUCUUAUGUCGGUUUGGUGUAAGGGCUUUGUUCUGUUACUGUUAUCUUUUUUGUUUGCGAUGUAGUUUUUACGUUUUGUAGACAUGGACUCAAGUGCCCUUGUCCAGUGUGUAGCGGAAAGGUUAUUGUUUGAAUUUAUAUGUCUACCUUCUUUUUUUUUUUUUAAGUUUAUUUAUUUUGAGAGAGAGAGGAUGCGUUGCAUGUGCUCACGUGAGCGGGGGAGGGGCAGAGAGAGAAGA